CCCGAUGGCCGGCAACCUGGGGACGCCCUCGGCCGCCGGCUUCGCGCCCCGUCCUGAGGACGGCCGGCCGGGAGCGCGGCCCUGGGAGGACGCGGAGCCGCAGGCCAAGAAGCUGAGGAGCGGCGAGGGCGACGCGCCGGCCCGGAAGCUCCCCAAGAGGAAGAUAGUGCUGCUGCUGGCCUACUCGGGCAAGGGCUACCACGGCAUGCAGAGGAAUGUGGGGUCCUCGCAGUUCAGGACCAUUGAAGACGACCUGGUGGCCGCCCUGGUCCGCUCGGGCUGUAUCCCGGAGAACCAUGGCGAAGACAUGAGGAAGAUGUCCUUCCAGCGCUGUGCCCGCACAGACAAGUGGAGCUGGCGGGCCACCUGUCCCUGUCUUUCCUCCCAGGGUGUGUCUGCUGCCGGUCAGGUUGUGUCCCUGAAGGUGUGGCUGAUUGACGACAUUCUGGAGAAGAUCAACAGCCACCUGCCGUCCCACAUUCGCAUUUUGGGACUGAAGAGGGUCACAGGAGGCUUCAACUCCAAGAACAAGUGUGAUGCCAGGACAUACUUCUACAUGCUGCCCACCUUCGCCUUUGCCCAUAAGGACCGGGACCCCCAGGAUGAGUCCUACCGGCUGAGCCCCGAGACCCUGCAGCGGGUCAACAGGCUUCUGUCCUGUUAUCAGGGCACCCACAACUUCCACAACUUCACCUCCCAGAAGGGGCCCCGGGAGCCCAGCGCGCGACGCUACGUGCUGCAGGCCUACUGUGAAGAGCCGUUCGUGCGCGAGGGCCUGGAGUUCGCGGUGAUCCGCGUGAAGGGCCAAAGCUUCAUGAUGCACCAGAUCCGGAAGAUGGUGGGCCUGGUGGUGGCCAUCGUGAAGGGCUAUGCGCCUGAGAGCGUGCUCGAGCGCAGCUGGGGCGAGGAGAAAGUGGAUGUGCCCAAGGCGCCGGGGCUGGGCCUCGUCCUGGAGAGGGUGCACUUUGAGAAGUACAACCAGCGCUUCGGCAAUGAUGGGCUGCACGAGCCGCUAGACUGGGCGCAGGAGGAGGCCAAGGUGGCGGCCUUCACGGAGCAGCACAUCUACCCCGCCAUCAUCAGCACGGAGCGCGGGGAGCGCUCCAUGGCCCAGUGGCUGAGCACGCUGCCCGUGCACAACUUCCAUGCCACGGCCAGCUCGGGUGCCAAGGUCCCUAGCCCACUGCCAGGCAGUGAGGGCAACGGAGAGAGCGAUUGAGGCCACGGGAGCUGCCUGUGGGGCACCAGGAGCCAUCGGCCUGAGGGUGGAGCAGCAGCUGCUGGACACGGACGGGCUUGGCUCCCAACUCCAGGGUGCCCAGCUGGGGUCACUGCACAACUCACCUGCUGACAUCUCGCGUCUGCUCGGCAUGGGAAGAUGCUAUUUUUUUAAGGAAGUGAUUUUCUGAAAUAUAAGUUUUGCUGACUAAA